UCCUCUGAAUGCUUCAUGAAGGCACUUCCAAUCCCAGAGGCAAUUUCAUAUACACCACUUCAUCCAAUUCUCCAUGAAGAAAUGCAUUGGAGACAUCCAACUGCUCCAUGAUCCAGUGUUUGGCUCUUGCAAAUGCUAAGAAGGUCUUUACAGUAUUUAUCUUUGCCACAGGGGAGUAGGUGUAUAGGAAAUCUAACCGGCCCUAUAAUACAAGUAAUAUCCGCACCAAACUUCGAGGAACUGCUUAGCAAGGACCCAUUUGUAGUGUCUCUUUGCCAGACCAAGGCCACAUCGACAUCGGUCCCUCUUGGUGGACGCGAUGGUGGUCAAUCGAUGUUGUCAUAUAUGGUUUGGGGCAAUGAGACGAGAGAAGAGAAGAAGAGGUCUCGAGGAUGGAGGCUUCAUCUGCAUCAAGUGCACGAGCUUCCAUCACCAGUCAUACCACAUGCUCGUGACUUGCGACUCCACCUCAUUGACGAGAACCUCUACUUCAAGGAGGUUCUAGCAUGGACCGAAACUUAGGAGCCAUCAUCCGGCUCACGACGUGAAAGAAGUGCUUGUUGGGAGGCAACCCAACCAGUCGGUUUGCAUUUCUUUCUCUAUUUCUCCUCGGUUGAGUCAGUUUUGUUAUUUGAUUUUAGAGUCAAUAACUCAACCUUUGUGAGAUUCUGUGUGGUGUUUGUGUUCUGAUUACUCUCUCUUCCUGGAAUGCACCGCCUGCCCCGUCCAUCAUCAUUCACCCUUGAUCUGGUAACUUCGUUCUACCCUCUUUAUCUUUCCUCCAUUGAGGACAAUGUCGUGCUUAAGUGUGGGGGGGGGGGGGUGUUCGAUUAUGUAUGCGGGUGAAUGUUUGGCUGUUAGUAUGCUUGGAGCCUAGUCCACUGCCCAAAUUUUUUUAAUUUGAGGGCUCCAAGUACGUGUCUCCAUGCAAAUUGCCUGCUCAGUAUGCUUUGAAUUGACAGUCUCUAUAGUAAUGUGCAACCUAGGGAGGUAGUGUAGCACUAUGGAGGAUGUUGAAGUAUAAGAUUUUUCCUAUCUAGCACUCUGUUGUGCAGUUGAUUUUGUGAAUUAGUGGAGCUAAGACCGUUGAAUUCAUGUGGUAAUGGUGAAUCUGUUUGGAUUAUGUUAUGGACUCGUGUAUCGAACAGGGUGCUCAUAUGGAAAAUGGGAAGCAGUUGGUCCUCCAUGUCAGAAUCAUUAAAUCUUAAACAUGGGGUAAGCCCAACGUGUGUGGCACCGUUCAUUGCACAAAAUCGGGUUUUGGAAGAGAUUUUAGUGAUCCUUAGUGGGGUACUCCUACAAGGUGAAGCUAAGCUGUCUCUAGUACAAGUAAAAUUUUCACCCGUUGAAUGGUUUGCCUACUUGAGGAUGUGUUUUUAAGGGCACAGAUAGAGCUUCCGACCCCCCUUAAUUUCAUUGACCCUCCACACGAGUUGAGGAAAAGGAGUUAAAAGAAGUACCUUGGCGAGCGCCAGGUGUACAGAAAUUGCUCUUGCUCGACUAAUAAGGGUCGACCGUGCAAAAGACUGCAGUUGGAACCCCUGCUAAGCGAAAGAAAAAAAAAAACACAAGGAAAAUGUGAAUGAAAGUGCAAAAAGGGGUUCCAACUAGGGCUGCAAACGAGCCGAGUCGAGUCGAGUUUUAACUUAGCUUGAGCUCGGCUCGUUUAUUAAUUUUUCAGCUCGAGCUCGGCUCGAACUCGAAUUUUGAUAAUCCAGCUCGAGCUCGAGCUCGGCUUGAAUAAAAAUAAUCUAGCUCGAGCUCGACUCGUAAAGCUCGAUAAAUGCUCAUUAACAUAGCUUGUCAAGCUGAGUACAAGCUCAGCUAAAGAUGAGCUCGAUUUAAAAUCAUUUUUGCUGGAAAAAUGUAUAAACAUAAGAAUUUAAA